GCGAAUAAACCCUGCUUCCAUUGAUUAUGACUGGCCAGGCGUCGGGCUCACCCGAUCGCAGCAAGGUGUGCCGAAGAAUAACACCACAAAAAACUAUGCCUGCUCGCCGUCACUCCACACGCCAAGCCCAAGAGUGGUCCUCCUUCAGCCGCAUUCUGUUUAAAUUGGCUGACACUGUGCAACAGUCAUCGUCUCUUCCCAUCCCCGCCCUCUCAGCCCCUCGGUCAUACUCAGAGCCGCACUGGCUUGUGCUCUCAGCCUCCCCCAUCAACAGAUACAUGAUGGCAAUCCUGCUUUCACAAAUCGCGUUCGGAGGCUAGAAACGGGGAGGUGGAUUAAGGGGCCUUGGGCUGAUGCCUUCCGUGUUGGCAGCCGCCAGUUUUGCCCUUCUCUGAAAUCCGCAAGGUUCGGAUGAUUUGCGUUUACGCGGCAACCGCCCUGUGGCGUGCAUGUCGCUCGCAUUCCACACCCACUGCACCGGAUAUUUCGCCAUCUGUACAAGAUUAGCGAUCGAUUUUGUACAGACUACUUUCGCCUCCCCCCGCCUGCCGCCCUUGUACUAGGGCUGCUGCCAAUUGCCGGGUGCCUUCCGUAUGAUGUGUCGCUGGUAACAAAGUGUAGGCAAACAGAUGGUGCACAUUGGGCCCCUGUCCUACUACACGCCCCUGUCAAAUCGAAUGUGCAUCGGUUGUGAGCAAGGCAAAAA